AUGGCUCAGAUUAGUUCUGCUCUCACACCAGCUUUCGCAGCUGACUCUUCGCCCGAAUUAGCAUCUGAGGCUGUCAACGUUUGUGCCGCCUUUAUUGCAACUGGUAUUGUUACGGAUGUCGAUCGAAUGGGUCGUAUCCUCAAAACUCUGGUUACUGCAUUAGAGAAUUUCUCGACGGAGUCCGAAGUUGCGUCUAUUGGGGAUCUUAAGGGCCUUAGUUCCAAUGCUCAGGUCAUGGUAAAGAUGGCAGUGUUUUCUGCUUGGGCUGAGCUGCAAGUAGCCAGCACAGAACAAAAGUAUCUUGUGGAUGUCCUCAAGCCAUACAUUGGCACCCUAACUCCCUUGUGGCUCGCCUCGCUAAGAGAAUUUGCACGUUUAAGGUUUGAGCCUGACAUCUCGAUGAGCUUAGGUCCUCCAUCCUUGUCCGGGAGUUUGGAUAGUAUUUAUUCUGCAUUGAACCGAGAAACUCUUUUAAGAUUCUAUCAAGAUUCAUGGCUCAAGCUUGUUGAUGCCAUCGCCAGUCUUAUCGAGCAGGACAGUGAAUUCGUUUUCAAUGCGCUUGAUGGGAAGGAAGCGGAUGCCCCUUCAACAAACGGAAACUCUAAGGGUAAUGAUAUCAACUAUCGAGAUGAACCAGUCGCGUUCUUCUUUGUUUUAUUCGGAAUUGCGUUCGAAGCCCUCGUUGCUAAACCCGGAAGUGAGGCCCUAGCAUCCAAGGGACAAACACUCGAGAUUUUGCAGGCCUUGAAGAAGAUUCUGCAUCCUAGUGUAUCUGGUCACGCGAUCUACCGAGAGGCAAUCUUCUCGGAGACUAUGGACCUACUUGAUCGCCUUGUCCUCACUGAAGGGCUUGAUGUUCAAACCGUUAUCGUGCAGAUUGCAAGAAGCUUGUGCAUAUCCCAUCCUUCCGCCACGAAGGCAGACGUUGCCGAGGGCGAGGAUUUGUCGGAAGAUAUUGAACAGCUGUUUGAAUUGACUAGGAUUAUUGUCUUAGUACUUGCUGGGCUUCUACCAAAUUUGAUUGAAGCACAACAGCCUGCUCGUCAUCAACUGACAGAAGAAGCUAUUACUCUCGUCAGAGUAUCCCUUAAUGCAUUGGUGGAUGCUGCUGAAGUGUUCCCAUCAAUAAUUAAAACAGAUUUGCAUGCUUGCAUCAUUCACAUAUUUGCUACCAUUCUUGGAACAGGAAGUUGCCAAGCUGUGGUGGUCCCUCAAUCGCUCCCAAUAUUCAAACGAUUUAUCACGAGCAUCUCAGCAUCACACAAAACACAAAAGCCUAAACACAAUACCAGCAUCAUACAAUUACAAGGCUGCCUCAAACGAUUCCUGUCAAUUUACAUGAAUGCUCAGAAACGAGAAACGGAAGUCUCUUUACCUUGUGUUAAGAAUUCCCUUCUCGCUUCAACGCUAUUGCUUAGCAGUGGGACAAACCAUUUAUCUGCCAGCGAACCACUUGUCACUCGUUUCCUAGAUGAACUCGUAGAUUGCCUAAGUGAUCGAAUGACUGCAAAAGUAGCGGCAAAUUGCAUUCGUAAUCUCCUUCUAAUAACGCCAAAGACACCCGCAGGUCAAAGCAUCGCGCGGUAUCUUUUACCUCUCCUCAUUACCUUUAGCACUAAUACCGCAACCGAAGACCCGGAAAAUGCUCGAGCACUCACGUUGCAUGCUCUAACAGCAUUUGUGGUUUCACUCGAAGGCAAACAGAGAGCAGUAGCUAUGUCAGUCAUCGUACCUACAUUAUUGAAACGCGCAAAUGGGGACGGAGAAAAAGUUUGGAAAGAGACCAAUGCCAGACUCCUUGAGAUGGCGGCUGCUGAUCCGACAGCUUUUAGAGCUGUGGUCGGUGGCAUGACACCUGAGCAGAAGGUAUUCAUGGAGGGUGUUUUGGUUAAAGGAAAAGAGGGUGGGAGAGGGAAAGCGGAUGAUGCGGAUGAUGGAGGAAGGGAACCGACUAUUGCGUUGAGAAUGGAUUUUGGUGGUUAA